UUCCCCAAUCCAUCUCCUCGCACACGCAAACCCCAAAUCCAAUCCCCACCACCACCAGCCGCUCCGAUGGCGCCCAAGGCGGAGAAGAAGCCGGCGGCGAAGAAGCCCGCGGAGGAGGAGCCGGCGUCUGAGCCGGCCGCGAAGGCGCCCGCCGCGAAGAAGCCCAAGGCCGGGAAGAGCCUCCCCGCCGGUAAGACCGCGGCCAAGGAGGGCGGCGGCGUGGACAAGAAGUCGAAGAAGAAGAACAAGAAGUCCGUCGAGACGUACAAGAUCUACAUCUUCAAGGUGCUCAAGCAGGUGCACCCUGACAUCGGCAUCUCCUCCAAGGCCAUGUCCAUCAUGAACUCCUUCAUCAACGACAUCUUCGAGAAGCUGGCCGGGGAGUCGGCCAAGCUCGCGCGCUACAACAAGAAGCCCACCAUCACCUCCAGGGAGAUCCAGACCUCCGUCCGCCUCGUCCUCCCCGGGGAGCUCGCCAAGCACGCCGUCUCCGAGGGCACCAAGGCCGUCACCAAGUUCACCUCCGCUUAGGUUAGGUUUGGUUCGCUGCCCCCUCCUGGAGAGUCUCUGUUAUCUGGAACCACUGGUAGUAGUAUUAGUAAUUGUAGUGAUGUAUGGAUGAUGCCUGUAAGAAGUAAAUCCCAGGUGCUGCUUUUGCCUGAUGGAUCUAAAAUACUCUGUUGUGCGGUACGUUUGCAAUGCUGUGCUUAUAUGCCUCAAUUAAUAGUAUGAUGUUCCUAUGCAA